AUGGACUUUCUGCACUUUCUACUUCCUCACGACAUGGCCCUUGCGAGCUCAUGGAAUACACUUCUCAACUUCCCAAUCUUUGUACGCCCUGUCAAGCUCGCAGGAAUGUUCCAUCUAAAGGAGUCAACGAGUACGACACUACAUCCUCAGAGAGGAGAUCACCUGUUCUACAUUCGGACUUUCGCCCUCACAGCCGCUCAACUUGUUCAAGCAAAGGCCAAGCUGGAGGAAGCCGGCCGCAACUACCCCAAGCUCGACACUUGGUGUCAGAUGUUGGAGUAUCUCGCAGACUAUGAUACAGAGAUCUAUGUUCGCUACGUCGGAACAACUAGCACCGUCUUCGCUUGGCAACGCUUCUCCACCGACCUUGAGCAACUCACCGGUGGCUUCCAUCACAACAUCAUGGAGGCGCUUUCAAAGAUCGAUCCACAGAUCGUUGCUGGCUGCCGAGUCCACACAUUCAGUGAAGCUGACAGGCCAGCACUCAAAGGUGAGAAUGGUGUCAUACAUCGACUCGACUUCACUGCUCCCGGCAUGAGAUAUUGUGCACUGGUGGACUGA